UAUAACAAUGGCAAGCUAACUCUGUUCACAGUAAUUAGUGUAAAAAUUUUAUUCACGAUUCGCAGCGUAAAAAUGACUCCAGUAACACGAGGUGCAAGAUAAAUGAGAUAUUUAUUUAAAAGUGGUGUCGUCGCCGGUAAGGCCCAUGUUAUCGCAACAGCGGCGAUGCGAGCGACUCGUAUGCACGCAUAGCGCGCGACACCUACCUGAAUUUUAUAGCUCAAGAUUUUGGACACAUUCGGAAAGUCACAGCCCACUGGGCGGACACGGGGACGAAAAAUAAAAAAUGAACGCGAGCACUGAAAAAAUAUACAGCGUCUCAGAACUGACCAACUCGAAAAUGCUGCUGACGAAAAACAUCAAGAAAGGAACAUGGAUGGAGAAAUCGAAAAGUAUAUUGAAAGGUCUGAAAUGCUUCUUCCGCGAAACAACCGUGGAGCCGUGCUUGUUUGUUUACAUGCUGUGCACUUCACUUUCAUCGAUGGCAGUGCAGAAUAUGCACUUGGAGAAAUCGUGCCGAGUGCACUAUGACUUCGGGGACGACGUGUGCGACCGGAUAAGGGACCUCAACACGACCGGUCUGGAGGCGGAGCUGAAUCAAGUGCAAGCGCUCGUAGCCACGGUGAUGGCUUGGAAGUUCCCUCUGCAGACGGCGAUACCGGCGGUUCUAGUUUUGUUCGUCGGCGCGUGGAGCGACAAGUACAAAAAACGGAAAAUCUGCAUACUCUUCCCGUUCGUCGGGGAGAUUAUAACGAACUCGGGACUACUUUUAGCGACGUACUACUUCAAGGAGCUGUCUCUACAGGCGACGGCUCUCAUAGAAGCGCUGCCGGCCGCGCUGACUGGCAGCUACAUAAUUAUUUUUAUGGGAAUGUACAGCUUCAUGGCUGACCGGACUACAGUGGAAAACAGGACGUUUCGUUUGGGGAUAGUGACGAUAUUUGUCAGUUUCGGGACUCCGACUGGAACGGCUUUGAGCGGUGUUCUGUUACGCGCACUGGGAUACUACGGCGUGUUUUCGUUGUUAUUGUGUUUACAUGUUUUUUCUUUUGUUUACGGUAUAUUCAAACUCGAAGAUGUGGUGACUGAGGAUAGUAAUGUGGUGCAAGAUGAGACAAACAGAAACAAGUGUGUGAAACUAUUCAGUGAUGUGUUCGGGCUCGUGUGCAAUACUGUUUUGGUUGCCCUGCGACCUAGAGCUAUGAAUGGACGUAUGCAAAUAUUUUUGGUCAUCGCUUUAUACCUCAUCAUGGUGGGACCACUGUAUGGUGACUCUCAAGUGAGCUACUUAUACGCCCGUCGCAAGUUCCAGCUCAACGAGGUCGAGUACAGCAUCUAUGGAACUGUGAACAUCCUCCUUGGAUUAGUAGGAACGGUCUUCUGCAUAUCAGUCCUCAGCAAGCAGAUGAAAGUGCAGGACAGCGCUAUCGGCGGCCUCGCUGGUAUGAGCAGGAUAGCCUCAUGCUUCGUGUUUGCGUUUGCGCCGAACCGUUCUUGGUACUACUCGGCGCCAGUGUUCAACAUCUUCAGCCAUACUGGCCUGACUGCUGUAAGAUCUAUCGCCACGAAGAGUGUUCCUACUGAGGAGAUCGCAAAACUGAGCGCAUUGCUUGGAGUGACAGAAGCGCUGGCGCCUUCCAUCUACAUGCCAACUUCUAGUUACAUCUACAUCUCGACUAUAGACAACUUUCCUGGGGCAUUCUACCUGUUUGACGCUGCACUUACAAUUCUAGCUCUGGGAUUUUUCGCAAUGAUCUUCGUGCUGGUAAGAAGAAGGAACAAAGAUACAGUUACUGAUCCAAAGAAGAAAGAAGAGUUUGCCAGAACUAACGAAGUUUCGAGGUUUUAGUUGUUCCCAGUGUCAUAAAAACUGUAGAUUUUGCAACAGUCAAGUCUUAAGUAUGUAAAUACUAAAUACAAUAUGAUAGAGUGAGAUAACUACGUAUAUUAUUAUGAUCUCGAAUUAUUUUGUCUGGUGGGAAUUUUUUGCUUAGUUCUCGACAUUUUCAAAGAAAAAAAUAGGUGUUAGUUUUAAAUGAUCAACUUUACCAUUAAUGAAUCUGCCACAAUAUUUAGACUAAGAAUUAACAUAGAAAAAGUCGAAUCUUUUACAGGACGACAAAACCUUUAAUAACGAAAAUACGAUAAUAAGCUCCAAAUAUGAUUCAGGCCUUUAAAAUGUUCAAGUGGGUCGUGGUGUGGGUCUGUCUACAUCCCGUACAGACAGGUCACGGUUGGCCACCAGAUCCAUCUGGAGAUAGGAUGAUGAUGCCAUCACCCUACGUGCUAUAUUUUCUUUACUUUUAUGGAAGAAUAAUAGGUAACUUUAUAUUCCAACUUUACACAAAUAUAAUGUAAAUAAUAUUAGCUAGCUAUAUUAAAUUACUUAGUAUAAGUUUAUGUAGGUACUUAGUCUGCUUCUUUUCUUUUUAGCCUCUCCCAUAACAUCACAGAACACCAUCUCAUUAACGUAUAAAUAUUUUAUUUUACCGACUUUUUGGCUAAGACAAACAUAAAAGAGACUUAAUUACUUAAUUAUUUAUUUACUUCCAAAGAAUGUAUCCAAAUUAAUGUUAUAAACAAGUACUGAGAACAAAAUUUUGUAUAAAAUGAAAGUUGGUUGCACUCGUGAAUAAAUUUGCGGCGCCAGCGCAUGAACAAAGUCGCAAUUAUUUUUAUUGUUUUUAAACUUUAUACCGAAAGUAAUAAAAUUGAUAUUCCUUUUGUAGGUUGCACACUUUCACUGAGAUUUCACCUACCAAGUGACAAAUACAAUGACAGGGUCUGCUUAAAUUGUAUUAAAUUUUAAUGUAAACAUUAAAUUAAAUUAAGGAUGUCAGUACUUUGUCGAUAAGGUCAAUUUAAAGCAAAAGAUCACUAGUUUUAAAUAGAAAAGAGAAGGUCCAUAAUGUAUAGACCAAAAACCCAAAAUCGAUUCUGUUUUUUUUUUACCAUCUCCUUUGAUUAUUAGUUUUUAGGUAAGAUAAAACCUCCGCCAUACGAUUGCUGGUCUACCAAUAUUAUUGUUGUUAAUUAAUUUUAUCU